UUUGUUUUUAUAUACAUUGACGUUCUAGGUAUGCGAUCAUUGUGACGAUAGUCGUCCAGACAAAUCUCAUCCGCCAGAAUAUGCAGUCGAUGGACAAGAAACAUGGUGGCAGAGUCCACCUUUAUCCAGAGGAAUGAAGUACAACGAGAUUAAUUUAACAAUCGAUUUAGGCCAGGAAUUUCAUGUCGCUUAUGUUGUUGUUAAAAUGGGUAACUCACCUAGGCCGGGUGUUUGGGUACUUGAAAGAUCAGCAGAUCACGGACAAACAUACCUUCCGUGGCAAUAUUUUGCUGACACUGUUGCAGACUGUGAAUCAUAUUUUGGAAAGGAAAGCAUUAAACCCAUUUCGUCCGAUGAUUCGGUUAUUUGUGACACAUCGGUUUCAAAAAUUGUGCCAUUAGAAAAUGGUGAAAUAUUUGUGAAGCUUUUGUCUAAUAGACCUUCAGCAAACAACUUUUUUAAUUCUUACGCAUUACAAGAAUUUACCAGAGCUACUAACGUACGAUUUAGAUUACUUAGAGUAAAAAAUCUGCUUGGUCAUCUCAUGUCUGUGGCCAGACAAGACCCCACAACCACUAGACGAUACUUUUACUCGAUAAAAGACGUGAGUAUUGGUGGUAGAUGUCGUUGCAAUGGUCAUGCAGAUCUCUGUGACAUAACUGAUCCCACAGAUUCGUAUAAGCUCAUAUGUCGUUGUCAACAUAACACCUGUGGCCACAAUUGCGAAAGAUGCUGUCCAGGUUUUGAACAGAAAGCAUGGAGUCAGUCUAAAUACGAUAAACUAUUCGAGUGUGAACCAUGCAAUUGUUUUGGUCAUUCUGAGAGUUGUGUUUACGACAACGCAACAGACACGUCACAUCUGUCGAUUGAUAUUCACGGGAAAUACGAAGGAGGUGGCGUGUGUCAAAAUUGCCGAGAUCAUACAACAGGUAUCAACUGUGAUAAAUGCGUUUUCGGUUUUUACAGACCCGUUGGAAAGUUGUUGAAUGAAACGGACGUGUGUCAACCUUGUAAUUGUGACCACUUUUAUUCGACCGGAAAUUGUUCGGAAGGUUUCGGUAAGUGUGAAUGUAAGGCCGCUUAUGCUGCCCCAGAUUGUGACCGAUGUAGUGAGGGAUAUUACGGAUAUCCAGAUUGCAAGCCUUGUGAAUGCUUCUUGGAUGGAACAAGAGGAAGACAAUGUGAAAAUACAGGCGGGCAAUGUCCCUGCAAACAAAAUUUCGGUGGAAAAUUUUGUUAUCAAUGUGCCGAUGGCUUUUAUAACUUCCCGCAAUGCAAAUCUUGCGAGUGCAACGAAAUUGGGUCAAGGAAUUCGAUAUGUGACCAAAAGACUGGUCAGUGUUUGUGUCAUAGCAGUUACGGAAAUCUUUCAUGUGAUCAAUGUAACCACGGUUAUUAUGGAUUUCCCACGUGCUCUUAUUGCAAUUGUGAUUUAAUUGGCUCAUUACCAGAAGUAUGUAAUAAAACUAACGGGCAAUGUAUGUGUAAAGAGGGAUAUGCUGGUCCUAGAUGUGACAAGUGCUUACAUAGUUAUAACGGAUAUCCAGACUGUAAGCCGUGUGGUUGUUCAGAACGGGGAAGUGCAACAUCCAUUUGUGAUGCCUCGGGAAAAUGUCCUUGUUUACCUAGUUUUGCUGGGAGAACAUGUGAACAAUGUAGUCCAGGAUACUAUCAAUAUCCCGAGUGCAAAUUCUGUGACUGUGAUAGUCAAGGAUCGAUAGGAGUAUCAUGUGAUAAUGAUGGUAAAUGCAAGUGUAAACCAAAUUUCAUGGGAACUAGGUGUGAUAAAUGUAAGGAAGGUUUAUACAAUUUCCCAAUAUGUGAAGAGUGUAAUUGUAAUCCUGCUGGUGUUCUGUCAACGUUUGUUGGAUGUGGAUCAUUGCCACUGGGUGAAUUAUGCCAAUGUAAACCCAGAGUCAAUGGUAGAAUAUGCGAUGAGUGUCGAGAACUUUUUUGGAACUUACAACCCACAAAUCCAGACGGAUGUCAAGAAUGUGAUUGUUUCAUGCCUGGUGUACUUAGUGGUGUAGGUGUUUGCAAUCCAAAAUCUGGUCAAUGUGUUUGCAAACCAUCUGCUACUUCUAGAAGAUGUGAUGAAUGUUCCGAAGGAUUUUAUAGUUUAAAUGAAAAUAGUUUAUUUGGAUGUACAGAAUGUGGUUGUAAUGUUGGCGGCUCAAUAAAUGAAAAAUGUGAUAAGAAUAAUGGACAAUGUUUGUGUCAACCUAGAAUUGUCGGAAGAGCUUGUACUGAACCAAUGCAAGCACAUUAUUUCCCAACUUUACAUCAACUUUUGUAUGAAGCUGAGGAUGGUAGAACCCCAGCAUAUACUCCAGUCAGAUACGGGUUUGAUGAUAAAUUCUUCCCAGAUUAUUCUUGGAAAGGUUAUGCUGUUUUCUCUCAACUUCAGAGUGAAAUUGUACAAGAACUUAAUAUAGAGAAACCAUCAAUUUAUCGAAUAGUAUUGAGAUAUGUAAAUCUAAAUAAUGAAACCAUAUUGGGUUUAAUAUCGAUAACACCUGAAACACCAAAUAACAUCAAUAUCGAACAAAAGUUCAUGGUACAACUAAAACCUACAAAAACUCCAACCUUUGUGACAGUAUCUGGAGCUACUGGAAAUAUUCCAUCACCCUUUGUGAUGAAUCCUGGACGGUGGGCCGUUACUAUAAAAAUCGAACAGAAUUUGUUUGUGGAUUACUUUGUGAUUUUGCCUGCUGAGUACUACGAAGGAGAUAUACUGGUCGACAAAGUAUUAAAUCCUUGUGUUAUUGAUAACAUCGAAGUUGGUCUAUGCAGACAUUUUGACUAUCCAAGUACUUCUAAAUUUGAUCAAGUCAAGAGCACAACUGCAUUAACUUUAGAGGGCAAAGAACCAAUUGAUUUCGUUGACAAUUUAAAACAAUUGGACAUAUUAGGUGUCCCAAAAUUACCAGUCAUUAGUGAAGCACAGCCAGAACUAGAUCUAGAAUUAUCAAUUGUGAAUCCUGGACCUUAUGUUAUCUUAAUUAAUUACAUGACGCCAUCUUCUAUUCAAACAAAGGCAGUUAUUGAAAUUGAAGUAGAUGAAAAGAUGAAUUCUGGUAAAGCAAUAUUAUACGCUUGUCAUCAUACUACACUAUGCAGGCAAGCUGCAGUGGAUGCUACCGGAAAAGUAGCUUUAUUUGAUAUAAAUAAACCAGUUACCAAAGUAAUACUAAAAGGAGGAAAAGAUCAUUCAAAAGUUGGAAUAGAAUCAAUAGUUGCUUUACCAUUAGAUAAAUGGUCUUUAGACUAUAUAAACCCAAAUCCUUCAUGUGUAAAGAAAGAUGGUAAAUGUAUUCAGUCCUUCUACCCUACUCCUCCUGACACAAAAAAAGUGGAAUUUAAAACCGGAAAUGAGGCUCGUCUCUCCACAACUGCACCUAAAGAUAUAUUUGACAACACCACAGCAUUGAUCAUCCUUGAUCACAAAGACAGUAUUGUAGAUUUGGCUGGAAAAGUUCCUGCUCCAGGAGCUUAUGUUUUUAUUGUUCAAUUUUAUCAACCUGAUUUUCCAGCUUUUGAAAUGAAUGCAUUAAUACAUAAUGGUCAAACAUACGAAGCAGUUUUGCCUAUAAAACAUUGUCCAUCAAACUCGGGAUGUCGUUCUGUAGUAAAACAAGCGAAUGGAAACAUAAAUUUUCAACUGACAGAAAACUUUUUACUAAGUUUAAAGGAGCCAAAUCAUAAAAGUGUUUGGUUAGAAUAUGUUUUGGUUGUCCCAGCUCAGGAAUAUAGUGAUUCUAUUACAGUAGAACAACCGUUUGACUAUACUGGCUUAUUCAUAGCAAAUUGCGGAAGCAAUCAUUUUUAUAUCAACACUUCUACUACAGGUUUUUGUAAAGAAGCCACAUUUUCAUUAACAACUGCAUAUAAUAGUGGAGCUCUACCUUGUAAUUGUAACUCUGAUGGUUCAUUAAGCUAUGUAUGUGAUCCUUAUGGUGGUCAAUGUCAGUGUAAACCUAAUGUAAUCGGUAGACGAUGUGAAGCUUGCAAGACGGGAUAUUUUGGAUUUCCGGAUUGUAAAUCAUGUAACUGUCCAUCAGUCGCUACAUGUGAAACUUCUUCAGGAGAAUGUAUUUGUCCACCACGUGUAGUUGGAAAAAACUGUGAUCAAUGUGAACCAAUGACAUAUGGCUUUGAUCCAAUAAUUGGGUGCGAAGAGUGCAACUGUAACUUUUUUGGCGUGGAAGAUAAAAAUCGUCAAUGUGACUUGUUCAAUGGAUCUUGCGAGUGCAAGGAAAACAUUGUUGGUCGUUCUUGUGAUCAUUGCCGUUCUGGGCAUUGGUCUUUCCCUCGUUGUUAUUUGUGUAAUUGUGACUACAGAGGCACAACGUCUGAAAUUUGUAAUCAGAACAACUCUGAAUGUUUUUGUAAAUCAAAUGUUUAUGGUCAAGCAUGUGAUUUAUGCAAAGAAGGUACAUUUAAUAUACAAGAAAAGAAUGAUGAAGGAUGUUCAAAAUGUUUCUGCUUUGGUAAGACUACUCGGUGUCAAAGCUCCAAUCUUUACAGAACAGAGAUAAACGAUAUGGAAAACUGGUUGUUAAAAAUUGUCAAUGUAACAACUAAACCUAUUAUAAUUGAAGAUGUAGAAUUUAUGGUAGAGAAAAUAGAGGAUAAUGAAAUUGGAGUUGAUUUAACACCUAGAAAGCUUCAAGAAAAAAUUACAUAUUUCUUUGCUCCAAAAAAAUACUUGGGAAAUCAAAUUAAAUCAUAUGGAGGAUUUUUAAAUUAUUCUAUUCAGUAUACAUCAAACCUUUUUGGAAGUGCUGUUGGUGGUCCUGAUGUUAUAUUAUAUGGCCACGAUACUUAUUUGUUUUAUUUUUCAUUGGAACAACCAGCAUCAAGUACCUUGUUCCCAAAUUUUGUUGAAAUUGUAGAACAAAAUUUCAUACUGGCUAAUGGAUUACAGACCACUAGAGAACAAAUAAUGCAAGUUUUACAGAACUUGGAUGGUAUUUACAUCCGAGCUACUUAUUGGGAACCAACAGUGACAACUAGGAUAUCAAGUAUAUCAUUAGAAACUGCACAAGAAGAAUAUAUCCAAUCAAAAGAAAUAGCUUUGUCUGUCGAGCAAUGUCAGUGUCCUGCCAACUACGUUGGAUUAUCAUGUGAAGAAUGUGCCGAUGGUUUCUAUAGAGCACAAACCGGUCCUUAUGGAGGCUUUUGUGUCCCUUGUCAGUGUAAUGGGCAUUCUAAUACUUGUGACAAGGCUACUGGAAUAUGCAAUAAUUGCAAGCAUAGUACCACAGGUGACCAUUGUGAAAAAUGUAUCAUAGGUUACCAUGGAAAUGCAUCUAUUGGUACUCCUUAUGAUUGUCUUAUAUGUGCUUGUCCACUGCCAAUAGCCUCAAACAAUUUUGCAACAGGUUGCGAAGUCAGCCCAGAUGGUAAUAAAAUCAGCUGUGACUGCAUACCUGGUUAUUUUGGAGCAAGAUGUGAGUCUUGCAACGCUGGUUUUUAUGGUAGUCCUGAAACGCCAGGAGAGGUAUGUAAGGAAUGUCAAUGUUCUGGUAAUAUAAACAAGGAAGAUCCAGGAGCAUGUGACUCAAUUACUGGAAAAUGCACACGUUGUUUAAACAGUACGUUCGGUGAAUCAUGUCAAUACUGUAGACCAGGGUAUUUUGGGGACGCUGUAAAUUUGAAGGAUUGUCAAGCAUGUGAUUGUGAUAAAUGUGGAAUGGAAAAAUGUGAUAAUUAUAACGGUCUAUGUGUCUGUCAUCAAAAUGUAGAAGGUGAAAAAUGUGAUAGAUGUGCUGUAAAUCAUUAUGGUUUCGAAACUUGUAAGGGUUGUAAGGCAUGUGAGUGUGCUUUAGCUAGUGAAAGUUCUCAGUGUGAUGAGAAUACAGGAUUGUGUAGAUGUAAGCCUGGUGUUGCUGGUAGAACUUGUGAUCGAUGUAAACCUGGAUAUUGGAAUUAUACUGAAGAAGGAUGCAUAUCAUGUGGUUGCAACUCAGAAUACAGUGUUGGUGUUAGUUGCAAUCCUCGAACAGGUCAAUGUGAAUGUUUACCUGGUGUAAUUGGAGAUAAAUGUGACCAUUGUCCUCACCGUUGGGUAUUAAUACAGCCAGAGCCAAAUAUGGAUCAAAUGACAGGAGUUGGUUGUUUUGAAUGUGAUACUUGUACACAUUCUCUUUUAGAUGUAACGGAUAGUUUAUUUACUAAACUAUACUAUGUCUCCAAUGAAUUUAAAAAUGUGGAAAAUGGAUAUUUCACUGCUCAACGUCUAUUAUACUUAAAUGAUACAGUAUCAAAAUUGAAACCAAAUUUAACUAACCUUAUAUCAAGUAGCACUGACCAAUUCCCACUUAACAAAAACUUGACGGAUUUCCAGAAAGAGAUAACAAAUAUAAAUAGAAAGUCCAAAUCAGCUUUAUCAGAUGCUUUGGUAUUAUCAUCAAAAGGUGAUAUAACAAAUAAUAUCGCAGUAGAAGUGAGUUUAGCGAUGGAUGAAGCUGUAUCACAAUCUUCUAAAGCUGUUUUUGAAGUAACUAAUUUGGCGCAAAGCCUUCAAGACGGUGCUGGGCCACAAAUCGAUACAGCAUUAAAUGAAGCACAAAUGUUGUUGGAAGAUAUAAAAAAAUCGCUUCCAGACAUGGCAAAUAAAUAUAAUGAGUCAAAAACUUUACUUAAUAAAUCAAUUGAAAUUCAUGAAAAAAUGGCACUGUUUGCAUCACCGUUAGAAACACCUUCUCAAUCAUUAAAAUCUUUAAAAAAUAAAAAAAUAAAGUUUUAUGAUGACAUUAUAGAUAUUAAAAACUAUACGGGUAUUGCUAAAGAUAAAGCAAUGCAAACUGGUUCAAUAAAUGAUGCAAACCGAGAAUCGUUGACAAAAGAAAAUGAUCGAAUAAGUUCAUUGACUAAAUUAAAAGAUAUGGCAAAUGAUGGUAUGGAAAUUUUGAUGAAAACAGUGAAAGAGGCAUUAGAUGAUAUAAAAAAAUCUAAGGAUGCAUUUGCAAACAUUGGUGCCGAAAAUGUUUCAUUGAAAGACGCUAAAUAUAGUGUAGAAUCUACAAUUGAAAUAGAACAACGAAAAUUGGAAGAAGUGAAAAGAGGUCUGGAUGCAGCAAAAGAACAUUCGGAUAGACUCAAGGAGCAGGCUGAUUUGAUGGAGUCUUUAGUCAAAAAUUCAACCUCUGCAUCUGAAACAGCAAUUGCAGCUGCAAACUCAUACAAGAAUAUAGUAGCGGAAAUAGAAAAAUCGUUAAAUGCUGCUGAAAAUGCAAGUACUGCAGCAGAAGAAACCAUUAAUAAGUCAAGAGGACUUGACGAAAGAGUUGCUGUAGCCGACCAAAAUUCAACAAAAUUACUCCAGGACGUUAAAAUGGCUUUAGAACAAGUACAGGGAGGCUUAGAAGAAUCAUUAAAAGAUGCUAAAUAUAAAUCUUCAAUAGUUUCAAAUUCCAAAAAUCAAUAUGACCAAAGAAUAGAUGAGAUAUUUAAACAGUUAGAACAGAUUGUAUCUGAAACUCCAAAAUCAGAGAAUAACAUGGAAACUGUCAUGGCCAACGAUGAGAAGUCUCGGAAAUUAAUUGAUAGUCUUGAUAAUGUUGUUAAAUCAUUACCAGAUCAUCUUAUUGCAGCCCAACAGCUCAAUAAAGACACUGAUAAAGCUAUUAAAGAUGUUACACAAUCAAAUAAGCAAUUGGAUACUGCACUAUCACUUUUACCAAAUGCUACUGAUUCUAUUAAUCGUCUGAAAAAUAAACCAGAAGAACUUCAAAAGGUAAUAGAAAAGUUGAAGUCUACCGUAAAAUCACUUCAAACUAAAGUUAUUACAAGCAGAAAUAUGGUGAAUAGAAUUAAAGUUGGUGUAAAUUUAUCAAAGAAUUCAACUCUUGAACUUCGAAAUCCUGAAAAUCUAGCACAACAAAGUAUAAGCACUCUUGCAUCAAUAUACAUUAAAACAGAUCAGCCAAAAGGCCUGAUAAUGUAUCUUGGAAAUGAAGUUGGUACUAGUCGAAGAAUGAGAAGAUUUAAAACUGAUGAUUUCAUGGCACUACAAGUUGAUAAUGGUUAUUUAGUAUUAUUAAUCGAUAUUGGUUCUGGCACUACAACACUUUCUAGUGAUAAAAUAGUUUCCGAUAACAAGUGGUAUAAAGUCGUUGUUGAAAGAACUGGUAAAACAGUGAAAUUGGUUGUACACGACGAUGUAGGAAAAGGCUCAAUUUCUAAUGUAACAACUUAUUCUAAAGAAACAAUUCUGCCUGGAAAUUCUUCUAGUUUAAAUUUAGAUAAAGAUCACUCAAAAUUAUUUGUAGGAGGUUUACCUGCUACAUUCCAAGCCCAAAAUGAUAUAGUAGAUCAAUCGUUAGAAGGUCGUGUAGAAGAUCUAAUGCUUGGAAAUACAUUUGUUGGCCUUUGGAACUUUGUAGAUUCUUCAGGUGUAAAUAGUGGAUCAAUUGAAAGGAAUAAAUUUAUGAACACGUCUAGUUCUGGAAUCCGAAUGAAUGGCGAAGGAUAUGUUGUUAUAGAAUCUCUUUCUUACCAAUUGAAAUCUAAAUCAUCUAUUCUUUUAAGUAUAAAAACCACAUCUACUGAUGGACUAAUAUUUUUAGCAUUUAAGGACAAUACUUUUAUGUCUAUUGAGCUGGAAGGAGGAAAUAUUGUUUUUCGACUAAAUUUGGGUGGCAAUACUACAACAAUAAUUUCUCCUCUCACGUAUAACGACGAUAAAUGGCAUACAAUUGAAGCAUCUAGAGAUGGUAAAAAAUCUAUACUGAAAAUUGAUGGAGAAAUCAUAGACAGUGGAGUAUGCAAUGGAAUAGGAACAGAUCUACAGGUUUCUGAACAUUUGUACAUCGGUGGUUAUCCAAAAGAUCAUGGAAUUAAAGAAGUAUCAAUGUUAAAAUAUGACGGAUGUUUAGACAAUGUACAAAUUACUUCAGUACAAGUAAAUCUCAACAAGAAUGUUGAUGCCCAGGGUAUUAUUUCUGGAUGUUCAGAAAAGAUUACUAGCCUUGUAUCAUUUAAGGCAGGCAGUAGAGGCUAUGUCAGAUCGCCAAAAUUAAUCGCAUUAGAUAAUUUAAUUGAAUUAAUAUUAAGAUUUAAAACUACUCAAUCAAAUGGUUUACUAGUAUAUGGUAAAGAUGGGUCUGUUUUUUCAUUGCGUAUAAAAUCUGGGAUCUUAAUAUUUGAAAGUGGGGGAAUUCGUGUUUCUUCCACACAGUCUACACGAUACGAUGAUGACCAAUGGCAUGAUGUAUUUGUUGCGCACACAAAUCAAGAGCUUUUGCUACGUGUUGAUGAUUUUGAUAAUUUCCAAUCUGAAAAUCGUCCGUCACCAGUGCGGUUCUUAUACUCUGACUUUUUCUUUGGUGGUGUACCACCGGAAGUUGAUGCUGAAACUUCAAUGUCCGACUCGUUUGUUGGUUGUAUUAGUGAUGUUACAUUCAAUGGGAAAAUAAUUAAUUUUGCUCAGCUUACUGAUGCACCUAGAGCUAUAAUAGGAAGAUGUACAGAGACAUCACAAUCUGUAUUUACUGUACCAGAGUUCAAUAACACAAUGAAACCAAAAAAACCUCCACUAAGGGAUGAAGCAGAUAUGAGUAUCCUGUCACCUUUUCUACAAACUACUCUCUCUCCUACACUUGUCCCAGAUGAAAUAACCUAUCCUCCAGUAGGAUUAUGCGCACUAUCACUAAAUCCACAAUUAGAUACUGAUUUAAAUAAGGAUAGUGGAUUUAGAUUUGGAAAUCAAGUGGGAAGCCGGUUUGAAUAUGAUUCAAUAAUGAUAAAAACUAAAAAUAACAGAAACGAUAUUUCAGUAGAAGUAAAAACUUUUAGCACAGAUGGAAUAAUAUUUUUUGCCCACCAAUCCGACGAAACUGACUUUAUGGCUGUUUAUUUGAUUGAAGGAAAAGUCAACUAUCAAUUAAGCUGUAACUCUCAACCAGCUACAAUCAAAGCUCAAUGGCCAAUUAAUGAUGGAGAGUGGCAUUCUAUUAACUGGACUAGGUCUAAUACAAAUGCUGAGUUAUCUGUAGAUGGUACACCAGUUGGAUUCAGUAGUAUGUCAGAAUGUAAAAACACAAAUUCACCAUUCUAUUUUGGAGGCACUAAUCCAAUAGCUUAUCAAAAAGUUAUUGAAUUUAUAGGAAUGAAUGUAACAUUUGAAGGUUGCUUACGCAAUUUUAAAGUAAACUCUAAAGAUUUAGGAACUCCUAGUCAUAAAUAUGGUGUAACCAAAUGUUCAGACAAAGUUGAAGAAGGAGCAUUUUUCUAUGGAAACGGCGGUUACAUCAGAUUAUUGGAAAAAUUCGUUAUUGGUUCAGAAAUUGAGAUUUUAAUGGAUAUAAAACCAAGAAGUGUUGAUGGAAUUUUGUUGUCAGUUCAAACAGUAAAGAAAAACUUUUUAAUUUUGGAAAUGAAAAAUGGAACAAUAUCAUUUUCUGUAGAUACUGGUAAAGGUCCAAUUUCUGCUUCCUUUACACCAACAUCUCCUUACUACUUAUGUGAUGGCUUAUGGCAUAGAAUUAAAGCUCUGAAGCUAAAAAAUGUUGUACAGUUAGGUGUAGAUAAUAUGUUUGCAACACCAGACCAGUAUGGUAAAGGAGGAACAUCCAGCAUUAAAUCAAGCAAAUCAUUAUACCUUGGUGGUAAUCCAAUAUACAACAAUCGUCAAUCUAAUGGAUACUUAGGAUGUAUACGGAAUGUUGAAAUAGUUCACAAUAAUUUACAUGAAAAAAAUGUAUUUAAGAAGUUUCCAACCCAGUUGGUGCAUGGAGAUGUAGCAUUAAGUGUUUGUCCAACAAUUUAAAGUUACUAUUCAAUAUCCUGUAUAGAUAAAAGCAAAUAUUAUUCAUAAAUUAUUUUUAAAUUUAAAAUAUUUUAUAUUUUUGUAAAUAAUAUUUUUAUUUUAUGAUAAUUAAUAAUAAUAACUUGGUCAUUUUUAUAUUGCAUAAAUAUAUAAACAUAGCCGAUUAAAAUAUAAAAGGUAAUUGUACAAAAUAAGAGUAGUUAUAUCUACUUUUAAAGCCAGUAAGACUUAAUUCCAUAAAAUAAAUAGUAUAACAAUUAAUAAAAAAUUAUAUAAUAACAUAUUAUAUUACUUACAAUAUAUAGUACAAAAGUGUAAUCAUCUUUAUUUCAAUUUUAAAAGAAUCAAGUAUAUUAAAAAUAUAUAUUUAAAUACACA